CCAAAAGGUCCAUCAAUUUCGUGGCCCCCAUCUGAUCUGAUUGGUCCUUCAGAUAACGGUGAUGAUACAUUCAAAACGCCCGCCAUCUCUGUUCGUCUCUGCGUCCAUACCAGUUCAUCCCGCUAUACCAGUAACCAGUGUGCAGUAAACGCGCUUCGAGGAAAGUGAGAAAAUGGCGGAUGGAAUUCGAUUCUUCCAGUUGAACACAGGAGCUAAGAUCCCUUCGGUAGGGCUCGGCACGUAUCAGGCUGACCCUGGCAUCGCCGGUGAAGCUGUCGCCUUCGCGAUCAAGGUUGGAUAUCGGCAUAUUGAUUGUGCUAAACUUUAUGGGAAUGAGAAGGAGAUUGGGUCUGCUUUGAGGAAGCUUUUUAAUGAUAGUGUAGUGAAGCGUGAGGACUUAUGGAUCACCUCCAAACUCUGGUGUACUGAUCACGCGCCAGAAGAUGUACCAGAGGCAUUAGACAAAACAUUGCAGGACUUGCAACUUGACUAUCUGGAUCUGUAUCUAAUCCACUGGCCAGUUAGCAUGAAGAAGGGGUCAGUUGGUUUUAAGCCUGAAAAUCUUACCCAACCUAACAUACUAAGUACAUGGAAAGCAAUGGAAGCGCUCUAUAAUUCUGGAAAGGCUCGAGCUAUUGGAGUAAGCAAUUUCUCUUCAAAGAAGCUUGGGGACCUGUUGGAGGUAGCACGAGUGCCUCCUGCUGUUAACCAAGUGGAGUCUCACCCUUCAUGGCAGCAGCCAGGAUUACAUGCAUUUUGUAAAUCGAAAGGUGUUCACUUAUCUGGGUAUAGACCAUUGGGUGCACCUAGCACGGGGUAUGGGAUGGAGGUACUUAAGAAUCCAAUUCUCAAAAUGGUUGCAGAGAAAUUGGGGAAGACUCCUGCACAAGCAGCUCUUCGUUGGGGGCUACAAAUGGGUCACAGUGUACUGCCUAAAAGCACAAAUGAAGCAAGGAUCAAGGAAAAUUUUGAUGUUUUUGACUGGUCUAUACCUGAAGAUUUGUUUGCCAGGUUAUCUGAAAUUGAGCAGGAGAGGCUGGGUAAGGGCACAGCUUUUGUUCAUGAGACGUUGGGUGCCUACAAGACCAUUGAAGAACUCUGGGACGCUGAACUGUGAGCAGACAUCAGAUAUUUGAAACAUCGUGGUAUUUCUUGUCCUGUUUGAUAACAAAUUACUUGAUUUUCUAUGCUUUUUCACUUGGUGCGGACAGUAGUCAGGGAUUGCAUUCAUUUUUUCUCCUUUAGAAAAUUGAAGUAAAUAAAGGAGCGCUUGCUUGUUAUAGCACGUUAGGUUUAUGAGAGAUUUGUACGUGCCCACUGCCCGGUAAUAUAGCAAAUGUACUGGUGAAAAAGUCAUUUAAAUCAAUGAAAUGCCAAUUUAUUGACCCUAAAUAAAUAUAUAUAGAAGAUCCUUUUC